AUGACGCAGCUCACCAUCUCUUAUACAUCGGCAGCCACGCUCUUGGCCGCCGGCGCCAUCUGCGCCCGCGCGCUCAAUGUCCUCGGCCGGGUGUACCUCGGUGUCUGCGCCAUGGCGAGCGCAGCCUGCGCAGGCGCGGCAUACAGCGCCUCGUUCGGCGUCCCGAGCGGUCAAGUCGGCUGGACGAUCGCGGCCGCCCUCGUCGUGGCCCUCGCGGGGCUCGAACCCGCAGCAGUGCGCCGGGCGGGGACGCUUGCCUACGCGGCCAUGCUUGGGGCCUCGCUGGGCCCCACACUGAUGUCGAUCUACGCCUUGCAACGAGGCAAUUCUUUAGUGCACACUUUGUGCAUCUUUUAA